UUCAAUUGUUAACCAGAGACUGCUCUCAAGGAUGACAAAGAUAUCUGAGGUAGCAACGUAUUUUCUUCAAGAUUAUUUUAAGAUCUAUGCAUCAUAACACUUUUGGGCUCAUUUUAAUCAGGAGCACCUGCUGAUUUUAAUCAAUUUAAGUUUCAUGAAGUUACAAGCAAAAACAUGACAAAAGCCACAUCUAUUUUCACCUUCUAAACUCUGUGCUUUCAUGCCUUUUACUCAAUAUAUAUUUGGCCUGCGAGUGAAACAAUAUGCUUGUGUAAGUCUACUUGAGACAUUUCCGGUCUCUACCAUGAUGUUUUGUAUGAUUUGUUCCGAUGAUGUUUUAAGCGCAUUUUUGACAGUGUGGUUUACUGCAGUGGUUUUCCAGGUCUUAAACAGUGCAAUGAUGUUUUAAGAGGCACAUUAUCAUCUAUACACUUGAUGAGGUGUAUAAAGCUAAAAUGAGCGGGGACAUGGACUCAGUAACUGAACUGGAUAUUUUCAGGUUGGCUCAGCGUGAGGACUCUGUUAUCUCUGUGCCUAGUGGUGUGUCAAUGAAAAGUGAUCAGUCGAUGGGACUUCCUAUUUAUCUCAACAAGGAAACAACCAGUACAGAACUAAAUCUUCAGGCAAAUGCAGAUGCCAAAUCCUCAUUGCAGAAGGUGCCAGUGAAUAGAAAUUCCUCAAUGCAAGAACCCAUCCAAAUAGCAUGUUCUCCUGGUGACCUAAGGUUGGCUCAGCGUGAGGACUCUGUUAUCUCUGUGCCUAGUGGUGCGUCAGUGAAAAGUGAUCAGUCGAUGGGACUUCCUAUUUAUCUCAACAAGGAAACAACCAGUACAGAACUAAAUCUUCAGGCAAAUGCAGAUGCCAAAUCCUCAUUGCAGAAGGUGCCAGUGAAUAGAAAUUCCUCAAUGCAAGAACCCAUCCAAAUAGCAUGUUCUCCUGAUGACCUAAGAGUUCAGAAGAAAGAAUCAAGGUCAAACAUUUUAAAUGCGGAUCUGAUCUGGACUCUUGAGUAUAAAAGAGCGUUGAGAGACAGGUGUCAGUGUAUAUUUGAGGGAAGUGAAGAGCACAGCACCCCCUCUCUUCUCAACAACAUCUACACUGAUGUCUACAUCACUGAUGGUGGAGGCAGUGAGCACAACACUGAACAUGAAAUCAGACAGAUCGAGACAGCAUCUAAACAUCUGACCACAUGGGACACACCAAUCAAAGCUAACGAUAUCUUCAGAGCUAUUCCUGGGUCUACCAAACCAAUCCAAACUGUGCUAACCAAGGGAAUUGCUGGGAUUGGGAAAACGGUGUCGGUGCAGAAGUUCACCCUGGACUGGGCUGAGGACAAAGCCAAUCUAGACUUCCACAUGAUAUUCCCACUUCCUUUUCGGGAGCUGAAUGGAUUUAAAGGAGGGAAAUGUAGCCUUGUAUACAUUCUUCAGUGCUUCUUUGAUCAGAAGAUAGACACAAAAGUGUUAAAUUCAAGCAAAUACAAGAUCGCCUUCAUCUUCGAUGGACUCGAUGAAUGUCGGUUUCCUCUCGAUUUCCAGAACAACAAGACCUGCUCCAGCGUGACCGAAGCAGUCUCGAUUGGUAUCUUACUGACAAACCUUAUCUGCAAGAACCUGCUUCCGUCUGCUCAGAUAUGGAUAACCUCUCGGCCAGCUGCGGCCGGACAAAUCCCACCUGCUUUAAUUGAUCGGGUGACUGAGGUACGAGGUUUCAAUGACCCCCAGAAGGAAGAGUACUUCACCAAAAAAAUAAGUGAUCCAGACUUGUCCUGCAGGGUUAUUUCACACUUGAAGUCAUCAAGGAUCCUUUACAUCAUGUGUCACAUCCCAGUGUUCUGUUGGAUUUCAGCUACAGUUCUCGAAAGGAUGUUUUGUGAGUACAAAAGUGAAGAAAUCCCCAAGACUUUAACGCAAAUGUAUGCACACUUCUUGACUUUUCAGCUCAAGCAAAGGAGUCACAAAUACAAUGAGAAUUACAAAGCAGAUUUGAACUGGGACAGCCAAAGCACAUUGUUGCUUGGAAAACUAGCAUUUCAACAACUUGAAAAGGGUAACUUAUUGUUCUAUGAGGAUGAUUUGAAGGACUGCGGAAUUGACCUAAAUGUUGCAUCUGUGUAUUCGGGAGUUUGCACCCAGAUCUUCAGAGAAGAAGCAGGUCUACACCAGGAGAGGGUCUUCAGCUUUGUUCAUGCGAGUAUCCAGGAGUUCUUGGCUGCAUUAUACGUCUUCUUCACAUUCGUCAACAGCCAGCGAAAUGUCCUCUGUCAAACAGCAAAUGCUAAAAUUGCGAGUGCUUUCAAAAAACCUUCAAUGUAUGAGUUUCUGACGUGUGCUGUGGAUAAGGCCCUAGCAAGUGACAAUGGACAUUUGGACCUUUUCCUCCGUUUCUUACUGGGACUCUCACUUAAGUCCAAUCAGACUCUUCUUGAAGAACUGCAGACGGAGAUGUGGAGUGAUCCUGAGUCUAGCAUAACAGUUCUUCAGUAUAUCAAGGGAAAAAUCAGGGACCAUACUUCAGCGGAGAAGGCAAUGAGUCUUUUUCACUGCCUCAGUGAGCUGAAAGAUGAUUCUCUGGUUGAGGAAGUGCAGGACUUCUUAAGAGCACAUGGUUUUAGCAGUGGAAAGCUGUCUCCUUCCCACUGCUCUGCUUUGGCUUAUAUAUUGCUGACAUCUGCUGAAGAAUUGGAUGUGUUCAACUUGACAGAAUUCAUUCAUCCAAGCAUGACUUCAAACGAGGGAUUGUUGAGACUCCUGCCAGUAAUCAAAGUAUCCAGAUCAGCUCUGUUGAGAUUUUGUAACAUGACAGAGAAAGGCUGUGCAGGACUGACCUCUGUUCUCAGCUCAAGCCUCUCAUGUCUGAGAGAGCUGGAUUUAAGUUACAACAAUCUUCAGGAUUCUGGAAUACACCAUCUUGCUAUUGGACUGGGGAAUCCUCAGUGUAAACUUGAGACUCUUAGACUUUUUAAUUGUAACAUUGGUGAAGAUGGCUGUGUUUCUUUGGCCUCGGCUCUGAGAUCAAACCCCUCUCACUUAAGAGAGCUUGAUUUAACGCACAACAAGCCUCACGAUACAAGUGUGAAAAUGCUUUCUGAUGUGCUGACAGAAACAAACUGUAAAGUGGAAAAACUCAGGUUGAUGGGUUGUGAACUGACCAGGAAAAGCUGUUCAGCUCUGGCCCAAACUCUUCAAUCAUCCUUUACAAGCUUGAAACAUCUGGACUUGAGUUCAAAUGAUUUUCAGGAUUCAGGAGUGAAACUGCUGUGUGCAGGUCUGAAGAACCCUCGCUGUAGACUUGAGACACUGAGUCUUUCAGACUGUGGAAUGACAGCUGCAGGAUGUGCGAUAUUGUCAACUGCUUUGAAGUCAAACCCAUCACACCUGAGAUCACUGGACCUCAGCAUUAAUAACCUCACAGAUGCAGGAGUCACACAUCUGCUCCCUGCGUUGGAAGAUCCUUGUGUUAAUCUAGAGAGAUUAUGGCUGAAUAACUGCAGUAUCACACAUAAAAGUUGCCACGUGAUUGGUUCUGCAAACAAAUCCAAACGCUCAAAUCUGAGAGAGCUGAACCUCAACGCUAAUGACAUACUGGACUUGGGUUUGAAGCAGCUUUUAGUGGGAAUUUGUAAUCUCCUGUCAGAACUGCAGUCAUUGAGUUUAACAUACUGUGGGUUUACGGCACAGGCGUGUGUUGUUGUGUCAUCAGCUCUGAGCUCUAACCAAUCACAAUUGAGAGCACUGGAUCUGAGAGGAAAUAAACUGACAGAUUCAGGAGCUGAACAGCUCUCACAUUUGCUGCAGGAUCCAAAUUGUAAACUAGAAAAACUUGAAUUGUAUCCACUCAUCAACUGUGAUGAUUAAGAUGACUAAUUAGAGUAUUGUGAAGAGUAAAACAUGGACUUAAGAAGAAAUGGACUCUAACAGUCUACCAGUUUCACCAAGCAGACCUGAAAGAGAACUAUGUCUCAUUGUUUUCAUCAUAUGAAUUAUUUAAACCAACAAGGAAGUUGUUGGUUUGAAGACCUCACGGAAACAUGGCCUGGCCUGGAACAUGUCAUCAUGGGAUUUGUGCCGUAUGUGCGUGACAUGAAUCAGGCGAAAGAUCUUGUCAAAGUUCAUAGUUCUUGAGCAGGAACAAAUAUGUCAUUGGUGAGAUGUUUGGAAUUCAGAUGAACAGGUGAGUUAAGAGGAAUGGCAGGUUUGCUGAGUCAUCCAGAGGUUUUAUGUAGCUGCCGAUGAUAAAUACACGUCUAUCUAUCUGUCUGUCUGUCUGUCUGUCUGUCUGCCUGCCUGCCUGCCUGUCUGUCUUUCUAUCUAUCUAUCUAUCUAUCUACCUAUCUAUCAUCAGUCGGAUGGUAAUUUUGAAACAUAUGUAUAAAAUCAUGAGCACUCACAUGAGAUGAGGACUCUAGUCACAUCAGUAACCUUAUAAAAGCUGUUUUAUUCAACAUGGGGGAGGGGUGCCUCAUGGGGGCGGCCAUUUUAGAAUCACAUGACCAGCUGAAUACUACUCACUUACUGUAAUCUCUGUAACGGUCUUGUUAUUGGACACUUUCACUCUUGGAUUAAAUUAAUCACGGCUGAUUGUGAAUAGUGAAUUUCUACAAUGGCACCUGUAAUUGAAAACUAUUGAGUUUGAAUGAUGUUGCAUCCACACCACUAGGUGUCACUGUAAGUUACUGAGUACAUUUUUAAAAUCUUCCCAAAAGUGCCCAAGUAUUCUGAAUUCAAAAUACUUUUUUAUAACAUUGAAACUGUUCUAAACUUUCAGGCUAAACUUUGUCAAGCCAGCAUCAAAAUUGUCUUUGUAUUUUUUUUCAUACUUUUCUUUACUAGUUUUAUUAAUGUGUGUCAUUGCACAUAUUGAUUUAUUGAUAUUAGUAUCAUCAAACAGCCAAUUAUGGUCAACGUAGACUGUGAAGUGAUGUAUUUUACGGUUGCAGUGUCUCCAGUUUGUUACUGUAAGAUAAUAACGGAGCAUUAAUAAUGCUGUGAUUCUGUGUGUACAGUAGGGGGCAGUACAGUCUCUCUUUGGUAACCAUAUUGAUGGUAAAUGCAUUAAUGUUUUAUUUAUAUGAUUCAAGAUGAAAGUCAUACCUGAUGUCUCUGUAAGCAGUAAUGCCAAUUUGUUCUCACAUGUUCGCUGUUAUUUUAGUGAAUUAAAACA